AUGGCCAAGUCCUUCUCACAUAGAAGACAAGAUGUCAUGCAGAGCCCUCCUGUGAGUGCCAAGUCCUUCUCACAUAGAAGACAAGAUGUCAUGCAGAGCCCUCCUGUGAGUGCCAAGAUCUACUCACAUAGAAGACAAGAUGUCAUGCAGAGCCCUCCUGUGAGUGCCAAUACCUUCUCACAUAGAAGACAAGAUGUCAUGCAGAGCCCUCCUGUGAGUGCCAAGACCUUCUCACAUAGAAGACAAGAUGUCAUGCAGAGCCCUCCUGUGAGUGCCAAGACCUUCUCACAUAGAAGACAAGAUGUCAUGCAGAGCCCUCCUGUGAGUGCCAAGACCUUCUCACAUAUAAGACAAGAUGUCAUGCAGAGCCCUCCUGUGAGUGCCAAGAACCACUCACAUAGAAGACAAGAUGUCAUGCAGAGCCCUCCUGUGAGUGCCAAGACCCACUCACAUAGAAGACAAGAUGUCAUGCAGAGCCCUCCUGUAAGUGCCAAGACCUUCUCACAUAGAAGACAAGAUGUCAUGCAGAGCCCUCCUGUGAGUACCAAGACCUUCUCACAUAGAAGACAAGAUGUCAUGCAGAGCCCUCCUGUGAAUGCCUUCAAAUAAAAAAAUGUCCGGUCCUGUUCCAGCCUACUCAGAUACAAUUAGAGUUGAAUUAUAAUGAUAAAUCAUGAACGUAAAGAUUGAUGAUGAUUCUUUGUUGUCUUGACUUGAAAUUCUUAUCACAUGCAUCAGCAUGUGGUCUGUGGUCAGUAUGUGGUCCUCUGUAGCUCAGCUGGUAGAGCACGGCGCUUGUAACGCUAGGGUAGUGGGUUCGAUCCCCGGGACCACCCAUACAGAAAAAAUAUAUAUGUCCCGCAUGACUGUAAGUCGCUUUGGAUAAAAGCGUCUGCUAAAUAUUAUAUUAUAUAUAUUAUAGUAACAAGUCUCUCUCUCUUUUUCUCUGUCUCUUUCUCAUUCUCUCUCUCACAGAUUGAGGAGGAGUUCCGAAGAAUCACGACCGCCCGACUUCAGUCCACCUUCAUGGGGAAACUGGACCAACACACCCCAAGGCUGUUGUCCUUGUUCAAGUCAAAAGGAGGUGCUGUAAAGGAGGAGUUGCAGGGCCUCCUGGAAGCGCCGUACAGGGUAUAUACACUUAAGACACUUUCACAGCACAGUCAAUAAUUACAUUUGGUGACAUUUAUUUAGUUUGCCUGUACUAAAUACAACUAAUGUUUAUUCCCACAUGACAGUGCAACACCACAAGAGGAGAGAAGAGGCUGGGUGAUCCGUGGCCUGAUGAUAUACCUCGGCGAAAGGGUCGAGGACCUUAUCAAGGAAUACAAGGUAAAGUUUUUAUUUAUUUAUAUUUCAUAGCUAUAUUUAUUUAGCUAUGUCCCUUUAUGUCCCUCAUCUCUCUCUCCUCCUUCCUCAAGUUGCACAGCUUGAUUUCCUGGAUCUAAUAGAUCUUGUCUGUGUACAUGUACUUUAUUGUUUUAAACUUCUCAGGACGCAGACGACAAACAUGAUCCAAGAGGACCUCGCUCAGCAUGUGCUUAAGGUUUUCGUG